AUGUCCGGCAUUCCAGUUCCUUUCAGCGAUAUCGCUAAGCCAGCGAACGAUCUCCUCAACAAGGACUUCUACCACACCACCGCCGCUAACCUCGAGGUCAAGUCCAAAGCGCCUAACGGCGUUACCUUCAACGUCAAGGGAAAGUCCGCCCACGAUGGACCUAUUUCUGGCUCGGUGAGCACAACGAUAACACAAUCAAACUUCAGGAUAUCACAUAUUAACGGCAGAGGAAAGAUUGAAGGAAAAUACUCCGAUAAGGCAACUGGUCUUACCCUGACCCAGACAUGGACCACCUCAAACAGCCUCGACACCAAGCUCGAGCUUGAGGACAACCUCACCAAGGGUCUCAAGGCCGAAGUCCUCACCAACUACCUGCCCGCGAAGAGCACCUAUGGCGGCAAGCUCAACCUCCUCUACAAGCAACCCAACAUCCACACCCGUCUGUUCACCGACCUCUUCAAGGGACCUACCGCCACUAUGGACGUCACUCUUGGUCAUGAAGGUUUCCUCAUUGGCGCAGAAGGUGGAUACGAUGUUGGCAAGGCCGCCAUCACAAAGUAUGCUCUUGCAGCAGGAUACAGCCAAGGUUCCUACGCCGCGGCUGUAACGGCCACCAACAACUUGACCAUCUUCUCUGCCAGCUACUACCACAAGGUCAACACUGAGGUGGAGGCUGGUGCCAAGGCCACCUGGGACUCAACAGCAGGAAGCAACGUCGGUCUCGAGGUCGCCACGAAGUACAAGCUUGACCCCAGCUCCUUCGCAAAGGCCAAAAUCAACGACCGUGGUAUCGCCGCCCUUGCCUACAACGUCAAGCUCGGAACCGGUGUCACCCUUGGACUCGGUGCUUCGCUCGAUACCCAAAACCUCAACCAAGCUGCGCACAAGGUUGGUGCGUCGUUCACGUUCGAGGGAUAA